AUGAGCACGCAAGCAUUGAAUCUCUCGCCUGCCGAGCGGCAGUCGUUCGCCCAUCUCUAUGCGAUGGCGGACCCGGCCAACUCGGGGAUGGUUACAGGCGAAGCAGCUGUCAAGUUCUUCGAAGGCUUUCAGCUGCCGACGCUUACGCUUGGUCAGAUUUGGUCCAUCGCCGACAAUGCAAACAAUGGCUUCUUGACACCUAACAGCUUCAGUGUGGCUCUGCGUCUCAUCGCUCGUGCACAGCGCGGCGAGAGCGUGAACGAGCAGGCUGUGCAUCAGCCUGGCGCGCCGCCCCUCUAUUCUGGAGCAGGGCUUUCCGCCGACCGCGCCGCGCCAUCUAUCACUAAGGAAGACAAAGCGCGUUUUACGCGCAUCUUCACUAUGGUGGGCCCAAAGAAUGGCGUGCUGAGUAGCGAGCAGGCCAAGGAUGUCUUUUUGAAAUCAAAGCUGCCUUUUGCCAAGCUGGGCGAAAUCUGGAAUUUGGCCGACACGAAGCAGCGCGGUGCGCUGGAUCUGACAGACUUCAUCAUUGGUAUGCACUACAUUCAGGGCACAAUGAACGGUACGAUUCCCACUUUGCCGAGUGUGCUACCGCCUGGCCUUUACGAAGCAGCGAGCGAAUCGGCUCCCGCGCCUUCCGCGAAUGCCGCCCCCAUGCAGCCUCAGCGCACAGGCGCAGAUCCCUAUGGCAAUAUGGCCUCCGCACCGCUUGGCACGCCGAGCAUCAUGUCACCGACAACACCCGGACUCGGCGGCUUGCCGAGUGCGGCGCCGACAUCGAUGCCGUCCGCGCCGAUGGGCGACUGGAUGAUUUCGCCGGCAGACAAAACUCGGUACGAUGGCUUUUUCGAUUCACUGGAUGACCAACACGCGGGCUAUGUGGACGGUGGUGUCGUGGUGCCGUUCUUCCUGCAGAGUGGACUGGAUGAGGGUACGUUGGCGCACGUGUGGGACCUUGCGGAUAUCACGCAGGAUGGUACGCUGAGCCGCGAUGAGUUUGCCGUGGCCAUGCACCUGAUUAAUGAGAAGAUGACUGGCAAGGCGCUACCGGAGCAGCUCCCGCCCGCGCUGCUCCCGCCCUCGAUGCGCUCGCAGGCGCUGCCGACCGCAGGCACGGCGAAGCCGACCGAGACACAACGUGAGCUGUUCUCGCUUCUUGAUACGGAUGUACCGCCGACUAUGUCGGCCAGUGAAAAGACGAGUGCAUUUGGCGCCCCAACUGCGCCGAAUAUGAUGCCCAUGCAACCGGAACCCAGCGCUACGCCAGCUGUGGACACGAGUGUGCCUGCUACUACUUCUACGGCGGCCGCCGAGCCACCCAGCCGCAGCGCGCCUGCGGACCCAUUCCAGGCAUUCGAUGACGAUUUUGAUGCACCUGUACCUGUAGCGCGUGCGGAUCCAAAACAGGACGAGACACUCGCGGCCCUAUCGUCUACCAACAAGAGUAUUGAUGAGAUGAAGGGACGACAGGCGACGGCGACGCGCACGCUGGGCGAGCAGCAGACCACACUGGCGGAGCUGGAGGCACAGCUUGAGCGUGCUAAGAGUGAGCAUGCAGAGCAGGAGACGGCUGUGACAGCCGUGGAGCAGAAGGUGCAGGCUCAAGAGUCAGAGAUCGAGACGCUUCGGCAGAGCGUGAUCCGUGAAGAAAGCGAGGUCAGCGCUCUUAAGACCCAGCGCGCUGAGCUGGAACAAAAGCUGCUGCAGGACCGUGAUGUUGCAUUUGAGCUGAAGCGUGAGCUGUCGCAGCUGCAGAUGGAAACGGAGAAGUUGCGUGCCGACAAUGCUCGCCUCGAGGAAGAGGCACGGGCGCAGCAGGAGUCAAUGGCCGCUACCCGUUCGCAGCUUAGCCGUGCUAAGGACGAGCAGACUGCCCUUCAGCCGCCCACGAUGCCCGCGUCGAACCGCUUCAACCCCUUCAGCAUGAUGACUGGUAGUGCGGAGGAGACUCGGGAUCGCGCAGCAGUUGAUCCGCCGUACGGUUUUGACGAUGUAUUCACUGCUGUUGGCACGAGUGGUGCCGCUGCUACGGGCGGCCUCACGGCGGCGACGGCGGCGUACGAAACGGGUGCCGAAGCAGAUGAGCCUGAAGAGCCUGAGGAGGCCGAUGCGACGCCCUACAGCCAAACGGAGCGUGUGUAUGGUGGUGUCGAGCCGCUUGGCCACGAGCACUCGGCGAUUUCAGUGCCGGGUGAUUUUCCUGGCGAGGCCAACGAAAACGUGUCCUUGUCCAUGGAGCGGGAGAUGGAAGGACAGGCACUCACGCGCGACCUGUCUGGCAAGCCGUUGCAAGGCAUCGAUGAGCAAAGCGCUGUUCCGCCAGUGCCGGCUGCAGCUCAGCCACCGCCCUCGGUGGCCAAUGAGCCUGUUGCGUCGUCAAAGGCGUCUAUGAUCGCAAUCCCGCCGUCGUCGGAGCCUGUUACGCCUGCAACCACGCAGGGUGCUCAGGUGGACGACUUUGACAAGGCUUUCUCGCGCAUGGGUCUUGCACAUGUUGUGCACACGUCAACGCCGCGUACCACGGCGCCAGAGAAGCUGGACACGAACCCAAUUGAUCAGAACUUUGGGGCCGCUGUCCCUGCCGGCGAUGCGACGCCGAGCUCGGCCAGCGGAGCGGCCAAGCCUGUCGUCGUCGAUGUGACUCCAACGACACAGAGCAUGUCGGCGCUUCCAAGCUACCUGCAGACUACUGCGGCACGAGCACCAGCAGCGACUUCGUCGCCUACGUCGUCUUCGUCAGUGCCGAUGCCCCUGCGUGCGGGUAUAAUGACGUCUACGCCCGGUCUUGGAUCGACGUCGGGUCCCUCGACGCCUGCAUCGGCUGGUCCAAUCUCUCCUCCAGCGACGCAAGCGCCAUCUGUGCCUGUAUCCAUGCCGAUCCGCGCGCCGGCUGAGACACCCGCGCACGACGGCUUCGACGACCAAUUCGAUCCCAGCAGCGAUGCCACGGGGCGCACCGGCGCUGCCGGCCCCGAGCGAGCACCUUCGCCGCCAAUCCCUGGCGACAUUGGCCCGGUGCGCCAGCUGUGCCAGAUGGGCUUUUCACGCUCGGCCGUCGUCCGGGCGCUCGAGCGCAGUAACUACCGCACGGAGCGCGCCUUGGAGCGCCUCCUCUCAGCCGCUAAGUAG